AUGGCUUUAGCACCUCGGCAACCGCAGCGUGCACUUCGAGCUCUGCGAGGCCUCCUCCUCCCUUGCGGGUACGAGGGACUGUCUCCCCAAGCAAUUCCAGCGUUUGCGCCCGGUCUUGGCCAACACAAGUCUGGCGACCGGGCAAUGCUUGUGCUAGCCAGGCGAUGCGCACUUCCGCGAAGCUUGGGGUUGGGAACUGGGAGCAUCGUACAUCCCAUGUUCUCCGUAGGCGAAGAGGGGAUAGAAGCGAGGCUAAGCAUGGACUGCAAGAUCAUCGAAGCUGAGAGCAAAGGUGGUUUGAAGAAAGCAGCGCUGUGUGGCCCUUCCCGGAAUGGAAAAUCGACGCUGGCGGAGGCUCUCCGCCAGCUUUAUCAGCCAGACACUCCAGUGCAGCCGCCCGGGUUUGAGGUGUCGCACGACGUGGCGGUGCCCUGCACGCAGGGUGCGGCUGGAGUCCUCCUGCCGAACGAAAACCUUUUGCUCAUGGAUUCCGAGGGCGUGAGCCAUUCGACCAGCCUGAAGAACUCUCAGAUGAGCAAGAACCUACUCGCCCUGACUUACCUCAACACCACGCUCUUCGUUUGGAAUGACCGUGAUGUGCUGAAUGAUGCUUUCAAGGAUGCCAUGAGCAAGUUGGCAUAUCUUCGCGAAGAGAUGCAGCUGCAAGGAAGCAAGCCAGACUUGCUGUUCAUUCGUCGUGAUGACUCCGGUCUUGACGACUUGACGGAGGAAGGCUUGGAAGCGAAGCUGCGCGACAUGCCAGAAGUGGCUGGGCUUUUUCGCCAGAUGAGGGCUGUGAGCCUGCCAACUCCUGAACGCAAAGACCGCGAGGCCAUCGAGAAGAAUUCUUUCGGAAAGAGGCGAUACCGAAGUGCCUUUAAAACGGCUUGCGAGCGCUUGUUGUCUACUCUGGGGGAUUUAGGUGCUGAGCGCCCUACUAUGCAGCUGUCAGAGGUCCCAGAUUGGCUGCAGUACUUGAGUCAGAACUCCGCCUCCACUCGGAAGGAGGUGCUGGAGGCAAAGUUCGACAAGCUCCUGCGUGCACACGCGCCGCAGGCGAUUUUGGCGCCGGAAAGGCCAGAAUCGGCAGAGACGGGUUGGUUGUUGGCCCAUGCAUGCAACUGGGACGAGCAGCAGCUGCGGCAAGCUGUGCAGGAAGUAGAGCGGCAACUAGCGGUUGCCGCCGGCAUUUGGUGGAAGGAGAGGUCCGUGUGCGAUUGCUACAACAAGUUCACGAGCGAUUUUGAGUCCUUCCUGACUUCACUGCCGGCUCUGAAGAAGGGCCUCGCCGAUUACAUCCAGCGCGAGACCGAGGCCAACCAGCUUGGACUUCUCGCCCCAUCUUCGGACCCCACUGCGGAAGCUCUGGCAAGAGAUGUGGGGUGGCAGCAAGAUGUUCUAGCAGAGCGGUUUCUCGAGGGCGUCCGCAGCUGCAAGUUGCCUUCGGGCGAGAGCAUGAGUGGAGUGCAGGGCCUCAUGGAAAUGAGCGAGAGGUUCCAGGAGCUUGCGAUGCAGAACGCCCGGCUGUGCAAGCGCAUCCAGAACAAGCGCUUGGUUACCAAGACACGCACGGUCUAUCGUCAAAAGGCCAAUCGCGCGGCCGAGGUGAUCGGAGCCGUGGCGGGAAUGGGUGCCUGUGCCUUGGGGCCGGCUGCUUUUCCGGCUGCUCUUGGCAUCUCAGCCGUGGCAAACAAUGUGCUUACAGCCACGACUGAUGACAAGGAUGAUGGCGUGGGGGCCACAUACCGGGGAAUGUGGAAGGAAGGCGGUGAGGUUCAGAAGACGUUUGCUGCUGUUCACCACACGGGCAUGAGCAUACACCCUGGACUGGCAGGGAUGCGAUUGGCCGAACUUGCUACUUCAGGCUUGGAAGCAGUCGAGGAGGAGUACGAAGACUAUGAGCUGGGCGACAGCUAG